AUGACGGUCAUUCAACUUUCGCCAGAAUGCCUUUACACCAUUUUUAAAUUUCUCGAAGAAGAAAACAGCCUGUAUUCCACUUUAUUUGUAAACCGUGAAUGGUUAUUGGUAGCCGCAAAAAUCCUUUGGGGUGAUCCUUUUGGUGUCUGUCUGUCUCCUUUUGACGAUGAAGAUCAACUUGACAAAUUCGAAAAAAGUUCCAUCGACUUUACCAACAGUCUCGUUUCCUUUCUUCCAAAAAUCGUCAAAGAUACUUUAACAACUACUACUAAACAUUUAAAGUUUCCUGAAUCAAAAAAUGAAAAGCCUUUGGUCGACUAUCUUUCGCUUAUUCAGUCUCUUGAUUAUUACCAACUAUACAACUAUGUUGGCAUGUGGUUGAACAAGACGCAAGUGAAAUCUGUUGGAGCUCACGAUGCUGCCUCGAAACAAAAAAAACAGGGUCCACAGUUUCUUCUUACGCAGGAAAUUUGCAAGUUUAUUAUUGUCAAAUCAGGUGGAAUUAAACAAUUGUGUUUACACACUACUAUUCGUGGUCCUUUUGGAUUUGUUUUACCCCCUGUAAUGCCAUUCACCAAAUUCCCAGGUGCAAAUAUCGCAUUUGAGAAAUUAGAGUAUCUCGUUUGUAUAGUGGAAAAAGAGUUUUCAGAGAUUUAUACUGGAUUAUCACAUCUCUCACAAGACAUAAAGAGCUUCGAAAUACUAGAAUAUAGACAAGAUAAUCGAGAGUUUGCAAAUCUUAUCAAUGUUCAACGAGAAAUACAAUCUUUCGAAUAUGUUGGUGGUGAUGUUGAAGCUACACCGCGUAUUGCCGAAGCACUACGUGAAAAAGCACAAUCAUUGAUUAAUUUGAAUAUCACUGGAAGCAGUUCGAUACCGCUCGAUAUAUUCAAUAAAUCUGGUCUUUUGGAAUCACUUGAACUUGUUGGGGAUUUCCAAGUCACCGAGUUCGGAAAAUUGGCCGAGACUAAUCUCACAAAAUUACGUACAUUAUCAUUGAUAUUCGAGAAUAUAUACGUCAAAGAAUCGAUCACAUUAUUGGAAAAUACUAAUGGAAAUCUAACUGAGGUCGAGAUAUUAUGGGAUAAUUCGCCUAACAACCGUGAAACUUGUGAACGAUUGAUUGAAGCGAUAAAACGAUUUUGUCCAAGAUGCUUAUCACUCGAAUUAUUUGUGGAAAAAGAUGCAAGCAAAGGAUUACCGUCAUUACUUGAAUCUUUGACUCUUCUUGAAUCAUUGACGAUAAUUGGCUCUAUUGAGGAUGACGACGACGCAGUACAUGAAACCGGAGAAUCAGAACAUGAAACCGAAGAAUUAGAAGCAAUAAAUGAAAUUAUGUCUCAAAUCGCCAAUCAUAUGCCAAGAUCUCUACAUGUACUUGAUUUGGGUAAAAGUGAUUGGGUCAUUAAUGCGUCGACAUUAGCCAAUUUUCUUCAGAAAUGCGAACAUAAAUUGGAUGCGCCACUUUAUCUUGAACUUUAUCACAUGUCUGAUGAAAUUCGAGUGAUCUUUGAAGAAUAUCAGGAUAAAAAUAUAUUGACGGAAAGUGAAUGCUUGAGAUCUUUUUCCGGCAAUUUACUAGAAGAAAAUGAUGAUGAUCUCUCACCAUAUUUUGAAGAAUAA